UAGAAUCUUACAACGGGGUUUAAACGCUUUUCCGCAUAAAAGAGAGUUCAAAAUUAGUGAGGGCUGAGCGUGCCUCUUGAGAACAUUAUUUUAGGGCUCUUAAUCGCGUGAUUUAGUACUGAGUUGGACUGGCGAGUUCAAGUUUCAUUACAGUCGUUCCUUGAUCCGAAGAUUCAUCUUUAGAAGUUUUUGAUCAGUUUUGUCGCUUUCCUCUUUGUUGGCAAGAUGGUUUCCUUUGAGAUGAAUGACAUGAAAAAGAUCGGCAUUGGAUUGACUGGCUUCGGUGUUAUGUUCUCAUUUUUGGGAGUCAUGUUCAUGUUUGAUAAGGGGCUUCUUGCCAUGGGAAAUAUCCUCUUCGUGUCAGGGGUGAUGCUAACCAUUGGGCCCAAAUCCACCAUUCAAUUCUUUAUGAAGCGCCAGAAUUACAAGGGCUCCAUUGCAUUCGUUCUGGGCUUCUUUCUGGUCCUUAUCGGACGACCCAUCAUUGGCAUGAUCAUCGAAGCAUAUGGUUUCAUUGUGCUCUUCAGGGGUUUUUGGCCCACCAUUGCUGUGUUCUUGCAGCGCAUUCCUGUACUUGGAUGGAUUUUCCAACUCCCUGUUAUAUCAUCGUUUCUUGGUACCAAAAGGGGUAAGCGGGUUCCCGUGUAAUCAUUUGGAAUGGUUGUGCUCCAUAUGGCCUUGAAUUUGAGGCUCACGUCCGGAAAGGAAAUGUAUGGCGAGUUCUGACUUCUGAACUCUGAAUCAUAUUAUGGCAAACACCAUAAAAUUUUGUGAAAUUUGGAACUUGUUUGUGUAGAAAGAUAUGGCAUCUUUUGUGCCUCAGUCCAUGGCAAUGUGCAUCAUGGAUGAUUGUAAUUCAAUUGUGAAGAACAGAUCUGAGAGGAUUCUUUUUUUAGUGUUUUGUUGUUAAUUGUAGUUUACUGAGAAAUUAAAUGAAAUAUUUUUUACUGUGAGGGAUUUUAGUUUUAAG